AUGAAAAAGAAUUUAAGUGGGAAAAUCAGCACACAAUCGGCAUCUCCCGGAAAGUUGCAAAUUAAAUCUUCCGAAGAUUGGAUCAUACCAGUAGCUGUAAUAAUACCAGUGCUAGUGAUAGCAUUAAUAGCAGUGCUUAUAGUGUACAAAGUACAGAAAUCCAGGAAAGGGUUGUCUCCGGGUACAUGCAUUUCUAAUUCUUAUGAACACUUUGAUGGGUCUGGCUCCGAAACACCUACCCAAAGGAGAUCACAGGAAACAAUAAAAGUAACAACAAGGGUGAAUAUAAAUAAAACUAAAGAUGAAAACACGACAAAAAAGGAGGCACAACCAAGCAUUAUCCAUGAAUCUUCCACAACAAAACAAGGUGAAGAUAAUCAUGGCAAAUACAGAAAGUAUAAAGGAAAAGGUGAUGAAUCUGCAAAUAGCAGAUAUAAUUCUAAGACACAGAAUGUUAGUGCAGUAAACCAUUUAGAUGUAGACAAAAAUAAUUCCAAAAUAUCUACUUAUCCUAAUUAUGGCUUAUUUAAGGAUGUAAAUUCAAAACAGACAUCUGAUCCUUUAGAAAGAAAUUAUCCAGAUAAUGGUUUUACAAGUAGAGAUUAUGAAGAUCGAAUGAGUCGGAGGACACGGGGAGAGAAAUGGAAGAAUGAGUUGCAAAUGACAGAUUUUAUGGACAUGUUCUUGCUAGAUCCAACGAACUGGUCAGAUUGAAAAAAAAUCCAUCAUAGUCCAUGAAAAAAAAAUGCCAAAAGUGACUGUUUUCAUUAAAAAUCAACGGGAGAAAUAAUUCAAAAUCA